CCCCCGCGCGGCGCCGAGCCCUCAGCCCUCCCCGCGGGCGGGCGGGCGGGCCGGCUCCGUCCCGGCCCCGCAGUCGCCAUAGAGACCGCGCCGCACGCCAUGGGGCGGAGGCUGGCCCGGGGGCCGCUGUAGCGCUGCCGUCCCCCCACCCCCGGCGCCUCGCAGCCCUUCCCCGGGGCUGCCGGGCUCCUCAGGGACCCGCCGCCGCCGCCGCCACCGCCUGCCUCGGCGCCGUUCCAGGCAGUGGUUAAAUGGAAGCCACUCCUGGGAUCUGGAUGGUUUUUGCUGACCCAGACUUCGCAUAGCAGUUCCCGCGCAUCAGGAGGUUGCAAUGAGUGGAGGAGGGGAGCAGCCUGACAUCCUCAGUGUGGGAAUCUUGGUCAAAGAAAGAUGGAAGGUGUUAAGGAAAAUAGGAGGUGGAGGAUUCGGAGAAAUUUACGAUGCGCUGGACUUGCUUACUCGGGAAAAUGUUGCAUUGAAGGUCGAGUCAGCUCAACAGCCAAAGCAAGUACUGAAAAUGGAAGUAGCUGUGUUGAAGAAAUUGCAAGGAAAAGAUCAUGUCUGUAGAUUCAUUGGAUGUGGAAGGAAUGACAGAUUUAACUACGUGGUCAUGCAGUUGCAGGGUCGAAAUUUGGCAGACCUGCGUCGGAGCCAGUCUCGAGGAACAUUCACGAUUAGUACUACUCUGCGGCUUGGGAAGCAGAUUUUGGAAUCUAUUGAAAGUAUUCACUCUGUGGGAUUCCUGCACAGGGACAUAAAGCCGUCUAACUUCGCUAUGGCGUUUCCUAGCACCUGUAGGAAGUGUUAUAUGCUGGAUUUUGGCUUGGCACGGCAAUUUACCAACUCAUGUGGGGAUGUCAGACCACCACGAGCUGUCGCUGGUUUUCGAGGAACAGUACGAUAUGCAUCAAUCAAUGCUCAUAGAAACAGAGAAAUGGGCCGACAUGAUGACCUCUGGUCCCUGUUUUACAUGUUGGUGGAGUUUGUGGUUGGGCAACUGCCUUGGCGAAAAAUAAAAGAUAAGGAGCAAGUGGGCUCCAUUAAAGAGAGGUAUGAGCACAGACUUAUGUUGAAACAUCUUCCUCAAGAAUUCAACGUCUUUCUGGACCACAUUUCUAAUUUAGAUUACUUUACAAAACCUGAUUACCAGCUUCUCAUGUCUGUGUUUGACAACAGCAUGAAAACAUUUGGGGUUAUUGAAAGUGACCCUUUUGACUGGGAGAAGAGUGGAACUGAUGGCUCUCUGACAACAACAACAACUUCAACCACACCUCAGUUACACACUCGUCUUACUCCAGCUGCAAUUGGAAUUGCCAAUGCCACUCCUAUCCCAGGAGACUUGCUGCGAGAAAACACAGAUGAAGUGUUCCCUGAUGAACAGCUUAGUGAUGGAGAGAAUGGUAUUCCGGUUGGUGUCUCACCAGAGAAAAUACCAGGGUCCCCUGGCCAUCAACGUCCUCAGGAAAAAGAUGUUUGGGAAGAAAUGGAUGCAAACAGAAACAAAAUAAAACUGGGGAUUUGUAAGGCUGCCACAGAGGAAGAAAACAGCCAUGGACCAGUGAAUGGAAUGCUUAACGCGCCAAGUCUCGGUUCUCCAAUUCGUGUCCGCUCAGAGACUACCCAGCUAGACAGAGAUGUCCCAUUAGUUCGAAAGUUACGUUCAAUUCACAGCUUUGAACUGGAGAAGCGUCUGACGUUGGAGUCAAAGCCAGACACUGAUAAAUUUCUUGAGACCUGUUUGGAGAAGAUGCAGAAAGGCUUGAAUGCUGCGGCAGAGACUGCGGUUGCUGCUGUUCCUCCUCUUUCUCAGAAAACACCCAACCCUGCUCCUGUGAUUGCACGCAUGGACCAUGUUUGGCACUAUGAUGAAGAAUAUCUUCCAGAUGCUUCAAAGCCUGUGUCAGCUAGUUCUCCAGAACAGGCUGAUGGUGUUGUUAGCAGUGGAUUUGUAGCUGUCAACUUAAGCUCCUGCAGGCAGGAGGUUGAUUCUAAAGAGUGGGUGAUAAUAGAUAAGGAACGGGACUUACAGGAUUUCAGGACAAAUGAAGCUUUAGGGCACAAAACAACUGGAAGUCCCUCAGAUGAAGAGCCAGAGGUACUACAAGUUCUAGAGGAUUCUCCUCCUGAAGAGCAGCCCAGACAGGGUGGUUGGGCAGGAAACAGUGUCCAUGCCAAGAACCAAACCUCAGGGGUGGAGUUUGUUCUAGCCAUGGAGUGUCAUCCUGCCGCUUCCGAACAGCUUACAGAUAAAUUGGAACUUCUGACCGGAGCUGCUGGACAGCUUCUUGCAGCCACCCCUACAAGUCCUAUGGAAGCUCAAGCAGAAGGAGCGCUCACUCCGGUAACAAUACCCAGGCCCUCGGUGGCAUCCACACAGUCUGCUUCAGAGAGUUUUCAGUAUGGCCACCAGCUAGAGAAAAGAGAGCAUGAUGUGCAAUCUAUGGAACACACAGUGGAACUCCCGUCGCCAAACGAAGGCUUGCCAGGUUUGGUUGUGACAGAUGAUGUACUUCCAGGUAGUACCAGCACACCAGAUUUGGUACUUCAUAUCAGCCAAGAAGAGCUUGAAAGGGAAGGACAUGUCAAAGAAUAUGUCAGUGUCCCGGACAGUGGCCAAAAGGACCUACCUGAACAACAUAGCAGGAGACAGGAAGAGAAAGAACUUGAAAAUCUUCCUGUAGAGACUGAGGAAGAACAGCUUCCAGUAGUUUCUGAGGAUGUCAUUGAAAUGCAAAGCAAAGAACAGAAUUCUUUGCCGGGAAAUUCAAAAUCUGCAGAGGAAGAACUUCUUACUAAUACUGAAGCUGCUGAAGAAUCAAAGCCAAGGCCUGUCUGCUUGGUGCCAAAUCAAGAUGAAGUUCUGAAGUCAAUAACACCUGAAACACCAGAUUUUUCACCCUCAAGACUUAUCAACUCACACAGUAAUAGACAGGCAAGCAAAAUAGCACCAGUUCAGGAAAAUGGUUUUCAUUCUAAUAAGGAAGAAGUCCAUAUCCAACACUUGCAAUGCCACCAAGUGGCCCUUACUACUUUUUUGCACCAGGAGGACAAGAAGGAGAAAAAUACUCCCAGAAAUGGAGAGUUAUUCCACUGCAUUUCAGCGAAUGAGAAUUCUCAUCGAUCUAAGAAGGACUUGGUUAAAUCUCCUUUUGUAUUCAGGCAGAGCCGAAUCCCAGUUUUAGCACAAGAGGUAGACUCAACGUCAGAUUCCUCUUCUCCUGUUUCAGCAAAGGAAAAACUUCUGCUAAAAAAGGCCCAUCAGACAGACUUGGUCAGACUACUUGUGGAAAAGAGACAGCUCAAAUCUUUCCUUGGUGACCUCUCAAGUGCCUCUGAUAAGUCACUGGAGGAAAAAAUGGUUGCUACUCCAGUACCAUUUUCUGAGGAUGAUGUAUUAUCCUCAUUUUCUAAAUUGACACUGGACUCUCAUUUCAGCAAGCAGACGGAAGAUAGUUCUUUAUCUCCAAGUAGCCCUCAGUCCAGAAAAAGCAAGAUACCCAGACCAGUGUCCUGGACUACCACUGAUCAAGUCACCAGUUCAAGUUCAGCUCAGUUCUUUCCUCGGCCACCACCAGGAAAACCGCCUACUAGGCCUGGGGUAGAAGCUAGGUUACGCAGAUACAGAGUCCUAGGGAGUAGCAGCUCGGACUCAGAUCUUAUCUCUCGUCUGGCUCAAAUCCUACAGAAUGGAUCUCAAAGACCAAGGAGUUCUACCCAGUGUAAGAGUCCAGGAUCUCCACAUAGUCCAAAAACACCACCCAAAAGCCCUGUCAUCCCCCGCCGCAGUCCCAGUGCCUCCCCAAGGAGCUCUUCCUUACCCCGUACUGCCAGUUCUUCUCCAUCACGGGCUGGGAGAACCCAUCAUGAUCAGAGGAGUUCCUCCCCACAUCUUGGGAGGAGUAAAUCACCUCCUAGCCAUUCAGGCUCCUCAUCUUCUAGGAGAUCCUGCCAACAAGAGCACUGCUACAGCAAACCAAGCAAGAAUGGUCUGAAAGGAUCUGGUAGUUCCUUCCACCAUUCUCCAAACACCAAGACUCCCACAGGAAAAAGCAAAUCAGCCACUAAGCUUAGCAGAUAGGAACUGGGCCUUGACAGGUAUAAAGCCGCCUCCUAAGUCUGAUGCAUGUUAUGUCUGUGUACUGUGUAUUUAAAAAAAUAAUCAAAAAAAUAUAUAAAAAAACAGUGUUGAAUCUGCGCUUUUUAAAGAACGUAAGCAUCAUAAACUAUUCAUGAGAAAGCAUACUGUGUAAAUGAGUGGCCAGGCAUUGCCUAGGAGCAGGCAGCAAGCAGGUCUAGGAAAGGGGAGGUAGAUGCCAGAAAAAGAAUGACUCGGUAGUCAAAGAGGUGCAAUGUAUUUAAAGUCAAAAAUAUCUCCAAGGUGAGUGUUUUUAAAAGGGUAUUUAUUUCUAUGUUUUCAGUUUACCUAGCUUAGAAGAUUAGGCCUAAUCAUUUAGGGCCUGUCUCAAGAAGUAUGUAAGAAAAAGUGAAACCCAUUAUUCCCAAAAUCAUGUCACCACUUGGGAGAUAAGUACUGCUCAAGCAUGCCUCUGUCGAUUUAAAAAAGCACACUGUUCAGAGGACAAUGGUAUUUCUACCUUAUGAGUCUCUUCAAUUUUGAGUUGCACACACCUGAGUCACUCAGUACUCAUUUUGUUCCCUGUCUACCAUACCACAGAUUUGCUUACCUAAAGAAGUAUCAUGUAACUUGCCCCUUCUUGAUUUUGAUGACAUUUUAAAAAUGAAUAUUAACGGUUGCCAAGAUGUUUUUGUAGUGGUAUUCUGUAGAAAUUUGUUUAGUACUAAUUAGGAUCCAAGAAGAAUUCUUGGUUCCAUUUUGUAUACUUCUUCAGGAGACAUAGGGGGUUCUUGAAACCUCAUUAUGUGGAAUAGAAAACCAUUCUCGUCUAGGAGAUGAGAGAAAGGAGAUGUCUGCAGUUCACCGAAUGUCACAGAUUUACAAUAAAUUGCAGUGCAUGAUAGAAAAGUUAGAAAACAGGAGUACCUGUUUUUCCCUAACUGAACUGUAAAAAGAAUCCUUUUUACUAUUGGCUUUUUAUUUAUUCUAUUUUAUUUUUUUAUUUAUUUUUUUCCCAUUGGUGAUUUCCCAUCACUGAAAUCACUGAUCUUACAUUGAGGAAACAAUUACCAACCAAGAUUUUUUUUCGUGCUCAUUCUUUUUGUAAAAACAUGGAAGGUGAACACCUUGGUAGCUUCUAGCUGACAGAAAUACACUUAACACCCCUAACAAAGCCUUUGUAAGAGUAUUAAUCAGCAGAGCAAAAUAUACAGAAAGCAAUCAUAUUUUUGAUGUUGGGUUCUUGUCAUUCUUUUGCACAAAUGGUUCUUUGAUAACCAAGCUUUGCUGUCUGCCAGUGAAGUCCAUUGUGUCUAAUUCCUCCUACUUUUUUUUUAGUAGUUACUUAAUAAUCUCUUGUGGUCUACUGGAUCUCUGUAAAAAACAUAACGGUUCAGCACCUUUUGCUAUAUUCAAAAGAGAAUAGUGGGUUAGAACAGUAACACACAAGAAUGCAAGCUUAAAGAAGGUGCAGCCAGCUCUCCCUGGUUAUACCUGUUGUGGGGAUGCUGGAUGUGCAGGAGACUUAUCAGUUGCUGAUCUGCUUGCUGUAGUCAUAUGCCUCUCCAGCCAGCAUCUGUGCUUUUUUAUUUAACCUCUGCCAAAGUAAUACCUUUGGAUUAAAAGGGAAUAUUUUGUCUCUGAGUUAACACAUUCUAAUGCUGCAUUAAAGCUGCCCUGGAGCUGCACUGAAUUUUACUUGCUCUGUCUAUGUUGUUUUUUUUUUCUUACUAUGAAUAUGUGUAUUGUUCAUCAUAUGUAAUGUAGCACAGUGUGGAACCUUAAUUUCAUUCAGGUUUCAAGCACUACAGAUGAAUGCAAUAGGUAGGGUAUACCUGCUUUUUCUGAAGAAACUGUACCAUUGGAAAGUCUUACUCCUUUGUAUUAUAUUGUAUAAUAGGCAUUAUAACAAUAAUUGCAUGUCCUCAUGGUAAAUUAUAUAAAUAUUUAUAUAUACAUAUAUGUAUAUGCUUAUAUAAACUCACUCUCAUUUUUCAUUUGUAAUUUAUGGACCACAAAUAAUACAGUUCCCUUUCUGUUAGUUCCUGAAUACUCCUGGCGUUGCAUCUCCUAUAUCCCCCCUAAAAAUUCUGGAAUGCACAAAAUCUAAUAGCCUUUAUACCUUGGUACAAGAUUGAAGGACUGCUGAUUUCUCAACCAGCCAAUAUUUUGUCUUGCAGCUUUCUUUCUUGCUUUAGAAUUGUGAGUACAUUUGCAUAUGAACAAGAACAGAGACUCAAAGGUAUUUUUUUUAUUACAAAUAGGGCUUAUUGAUUACUUGUUUUAUUUCAUAAUGUGAGUUCUUAAUUGUUAUGAAUGCUCAUGAUAUAGGAGCAGUAACAGUCAAUGAAUGCCUAGUAGAUGAAUGUGACAGUAACAAAUUCCAUCUUUCCUUCCUGUUUUCCUCGUAUGUUUCAUUACGGUAUACCAAAACAAAAAAAAAAAAGAGUAUAAGAGCAUAUAGUCCCAUUUGUACUAUUUCUGCCUUGGGCACUGCUGGAAUUAUUUGUUAAGGUGGUGUGGCACCUUAUAAUUAUUUUUCCUCCUCUCUCCCUUUUUUUCCCAUUUUUUUAGGGUCUUUUGAGCUCAUUCCUACAUUAAUAUGGUCAGUUUUAGUAGAUACCUACUUUAUGCACCCUCCCUUGAAAUGCUGAAGUUGAGGUGUUUGUAUUUUCUCUGCAGUGUAGCAGGAUCCAGAAACAGGUAAUUGUUUUACAGGUGAGAAAGAAUAUAGCACCUAAGGUUUUUUGUGCUCUCUCCAAAAAUACAGACUUAUCCAUUGUUGCACUUUACUAUAUAUGGCAGGGGGGUUGGACGAGUUAGUCUUUAAAGGUCCCUUCCAACCCAAAACAUUCUGUAUAAAAUAAAUCAAUGUGGUAGAAAAUCACCUGUACUUGAACUACUUGCCAAUUUAAAAAUAGUAAGCUAUGCCAAAAUAGAGAAAGAGAUGUCAAUCAUGAUUGAUGACCCAGGCUUUUUUCAGUGCAAUAAGAGGUAAAAGGCCUGUAUAUCACUGAUUGCAUUUUCCUGUGUAUUCAACAGGAAUUAGUGAGAAAAUCAUGAAAAUACAAAUGGGGGAGUGGUUGUAAAUAAUAUGUCUUGAACUACUCACUCUUCUAGAGUUUUUUAUUGCUUGAUACCUUCCCUCCAAAACUUACAGAACUGCAUACUGUAGACUAAUGUAGCAAUCAGUUAUGUAGUUAGAUAAUGGCCAGCUGAUCAACUAAUAUAUAGAUUUUACCUUAAUAUUUCUAGAGGGCCUGUAUGAUCAUCGAGAGCUCUGUAAGCUCCAAUAUUUGCAUAUGCAAUUGACUGCAUAAAACUGGCAAACAUAUAUGUGUGUGGUCCUUGUGCAGAGGGGGAAUGAAUUGUUUAUGGAGGGUAUCUGCCCCAAAUUUUCAGGGACGGGAAGGUUUUUCUUCAUCAUUUAGAACAGCUGUAGAUGUUCUGCAUAGCAUUCAGCAGCUUAUACUGUGAUCUUUUAGCUGGGAAGCAAUGUAAUUCAAGGAGCUGUUGCUUUGUGCUCUUCAAGCCUCCAUUUCUUUGGAGUGCAGUGCAAUGGAGCCAUGGCAUGUUGUGGAUGCAGAUGCUGCAUGUGUAUUUCCUCUUUAUGGUGUUUCCUGUGCUGCUUCCUCCAGCACUUUGAAGCAUUUGUAGAGACAUUGAGGCAUGAGGCCUUUAAACUGAAAUAGAACUUGGAAAGAUUUCACACAGACUUUUGUGCUGCAAUUUUGCAUGAUAUAAUGAAUUUGAGUGACAACCUCGAAAAUCUAUGUUACUAUCAAUAAAACUCAUUAUUAAUUGCAAAUGCCAAUUACUAUUUAAGUAAAACCCUGUUAAAAGUAAUAGGUGUCAUACCGUAGAACAACACUGGCAAGUUGUAUGAUGGUAGGCACCUAUCUAGUACUUAAGCAGGAUCAGUAAGCAUAAAAAACAUCAGUGCUCAAAGGCAGGAGCAAUAUGAGGUUUUAACUGCUAAUAUACACAAUUAUUCAGGAAGUGCAGACCCCUGGGGAGUGACAUGGGGCAUUCAUUACAGCCACCAGCCACAUCCUAUCUUGGGAAAUCAGGACAUAUCCUUGCUUUGAAGUCUGCAUGUUUGAGAUCAAGAUUUCUAUCAUAUCCCGCUAAACAGUCUGGAUGUGGAAGAGAGGAUCUGGUCCUAUAUAUUUAAAGUAGCUUGAGAGAUUUUUCAUCUGAAAAGCCUUGUAAGAGCUCUACCACUUACAAUUUGUGAUUAUUAUGGCAUUAACCAUAGCUGGCAAAACACACAAUUUUGAUUUUAUAUAUAUAUAAAUAUACAUUUGUACAUGUGUGUAUAUACACACUUAUAUAGAUACUGUAUAUUAUAUAGAAACAGACAUAUAUGUAUAUAUAUAUACACACAUACUUAUGUGUGUAUAUAUACAUAUAGGUAGCAACAGUCUCAGCUAUUGCAUCCUGUUUACUGAAGUUCAUUUGCCAGAGUGAGCUGAGGCCUGUGGUGCUUUGAAUUCGUCUGAUCUCUUCUUUAUUUACCAUAGUUUUGCUAUGCCCUAAUUCUGAUUCUGUGUCUCUUCUAUUUUACAAGGCCUGAUUGUACAGUCCUACUUUGGCAAAACUCCUUUAAGUCUUUCUUAUCACAGUAAUAUUUAUGCAAUGGUUGACUACAGUGCUCCUAAAAAACAGAUUGUUUUUCCUCUUUGAUGAGAAUGUAGACAAUGCCAGACAUACAGUACAGACUUUCCUGUACACAGAAUUUUUCCAUAAUGAAAUAGACAUUUGUGUAGAACACUAAGAGGUAUACGUUCCGAUAAGAAGGUGGUUUUUUUCAAUGUUUUAAAAAGUUCUAAUUGCAGAUUAGGGAUUCUUGCCUCCAAUUUUUAUAUAUAUGUUAAAUCAGAGAGAACUUGAAUAUUUUAGAAAGGAAUAGCAAAACAGAAGAGAGCUCAAACUCAUUAAUUAGCUCAAUAAUUAACUCAUAAUAUACUGGUCUUGGGUUUUUCAUGCAGGGAUGAUCCCGUGAGGUGAUCAGAGCCGUGCCUCUCUGUUCACUUCCAGUGAGGGAGGGGGUUUUCAGGUGUCUAGGUUAACACCAUGAUGCCAUGCAGCACGUUCUCCAUAUGCUUUUCUAAUAUAGAGAGUGGUUAGAGAACUGUCAGCUAUAGAAAAAAAUAAUCUUGACAAUUAUCCUUUAGAUGCUCAUUCCUAUUUCUGAAAGGUGGAAUAGCAAAGAGUAUUUUUAUUCUACUUUUUUAGCUAACCAAGUAGGCAGUGAACUGAAGGUUUUUGUUUGCUGUUUUGCUUUUGGCUUAGCUGUCUUGCCGACAAUUUGCAGUAAGCAGUAACUUUGGUAAAAGGAAGCAAGGCUUGUUGUUUCGGCUACAUGCGGUAUGUAGGCGUGAGUCAUACUGUUCUUAGCUAACACAUGCAAUCACAUAAACACAUGCACGUAACACAAGAAUAACUCAGGUGUCCAUUCGAAGCCGGUCUUCCUUUCCCCUACAUAUAACAUUUGUAAAAGAGAAAUUAUAUAACAGUCAGCCUAGACUGUGUAAUAACUACCUGGAAUUAUGUUAAGAUAUUGUAAAAUGGAGAAAAGUUUAUUUAAUCACAGUGACAACAAACCUCAUUUGCCUGUGGCUUAAAUAAUUGGUUUAAUAUAAUAAUAAUUGGUUUAAAUAAUAAUAAUAACCUCUGAGGCUUUUUGUUUUAUUUUGUUUUUAAGGAAGAAUUGAAUAGGAAUGUAUUGUUUUAAAGUCUAAUGUAUUAACUUGGCAAUUGUUCUAGCCAUUCAGGUUUGAGUACGUAGGCUGAUUUUACUCUCUGUUGUUGGUAACACAUCCUCUCUUAACAGUAGCAGUGACAAACCCUCUAGUACUUUACAUUGUUGUGGGAUAAUAGAUACUGCUUUUUCCCAAUUUCUAGCUUUCUGCAAUGUUUGGCAUUUAUGCAGGCUGUCUACAGGAGUUACACAUUUUCCUUUUGAAAGGCUUCUUCAGCAUUAUAUUCAGAAGCAACCAUAUGACUGAUGCAACAAAUUUAGCACAGAGCAAAUUAUGACCUGCAGAGCUCAGCAGGGAACUAGAACUUGGUCUGCAGGGUACCCAGAGCUUCUGGGGACUGACCGGUCUUCUCCAGCCUUUUAUAGCUGAGAGAGAGAAAAUGUCUUUUGGAGAACAGGAUUGUAAUCACAGUGCUCUGAAACAAGCCCUGUGAAUCCUGUUGUUCCUUCUUUACCACAGGAGAGGCCCAGCUGACCGCUUAAUCUGCAUGCCAAAAGUUUUGGUGAGAGUCUCUCUGGUUUUGCUUCAGGCAUGUCAAGAUUCCCAUUAGUGUAGUGCAAAAGUAAACGCACAAAAUUUUACAUAACAAUAAUGAAUGUGGAUUUGAAGUUUCUGCUCUAGGCUUUGAGCAAUGCCUUCAAAUGUUAGCAUAUGUGAUUUAUGUAUUUUGCUUCUGUUUCUCCUCUGUCCACACGAAUAGCUUGGAUCCUUGGGAAUUCUUGCUGUUCUUGUGCACAUGAAACUUUCAGUAAAGUCAGUAUAAGGUCUUGUGAUUUUUUUAGCUUUUCUUUUUCCCUGCAUAGGGACUUAGUGAAUAAAUUCACUCUAUAAAUAUUACAUUUGCAGUUACUGUAUUUUAAAUUGGAAAAUGCGUAUUUUUAAUUAUCACUAUGGCAUUACAUGCCUUUUGAUACCCCUUAUCAGUAAGAAUUACUGCUCAGAGUCAGCUUUGGCCAAGAAUCUGUGGUUUCUUCUAAAAACAAUACCGCGGGUGGGCUGCUAAUAGAGGUCUUGAUCAUCCCCAACUGCCUGUGAGAAUUCAGCUGGAAUUAAUUUGUUACAGAUGUUUUUUUUCCUUUUUAGAUGACUUGAUCUUUGACCUAACUCUUAUGUAAGGGAGCUGUAAUAGCAGCAGACCAGCUUGCUCCAAAAGGUACGGUAUAAUUAGCUUGGUCUGCCUGGCUCCAGAUUCUUUUAUACCCCCAUCUGCUGUGUGGCAGGCAAGGUCAUAAAUGUUUAACACAAGGUGCGGUGGGUUUUAUUUUUGGUGUAUUUCACAUCUUUUCCUUCUGUCUGACUGGAGAUCUGGAUUGAUUGCCCAGCAGCCUUCUCUGCAUCCUCUUUGCUUUCUUUGGCUAGAAAGCAGAAUUUGAAAUUCUUCCUGAACUUCUAACUGUCUUUCUAUAGAAUCAACCCAGAGACAAGCUGCAGUGUGUGUGUGAACGAUGUUAAUUUUCAAAUGCUUUCCUAUGAAUAUCCAAACCAGUAAAUUAAGGAAAUCACCAACGAUGCCUUCAGACAAGUACUGACUUCUUGAAGCUGCGAGCCAGUGUCCACUAAUCUAAAAUCUCUGGGCAAUACCAAAGAAUGAAAUUGGUAUGUUAACUAAAAAUACAAUGUUGUCACUCCAUAAUGAAUUACGCACUCAAUAACACAAUCUGCAGCACAAUUAAAUUAAGUAGAAAGUGGUUCCGAGGUUCUUUGUUACUAUUGAGGAAGACAAGUGUUGAGUCCUUCAAAUUCUCUUGCUCAAUAAUUGCAGUUCCCUUUCCCCUUCUUGGGAAUCUUCUAAGCCAUUCUUUUUCUUUUAAGUUUGCUCAGGCACCCAAGAACAUAAAGAGUUGAUGCCCUUGUAAUGGUCAUUUGUACAUAAAGGUGUAAUUAUUUAUUUUCUCAUUUGUACCAUAUCAAGGCUUUGUACAAUGUUUUAAGUUUUGUUUUCAAAUUAUUUUGUAUUUUAUUUUUAUAAACUGGUUCUAAAUAAAAUAUUCAUUCAGCAUGCAA